AAGGAGUGACUGUAUAAAGUUGCCUGUCUGAUGAUCCGAUCUUUGUUUAGCAGAACCGAUUCGUUCAUCAUGUUUCUCUCUGUGCUGCUGGUGAUGAUGAUGAUGGUCAGCUGGACAGAAGCUGGUUAUACUGGUGUUGUGUUAUCUCACACCACUAAAGAUGUACAAGAAAGCAGUUUUACAGUUGUGCGUCGCUUUAAGUCGAGCUUCACCUCAUGUGGAGAGAUUGAGUCAUGGUGGUGUUGCACUAAUAAGAUUGAUGAAAGCAGCGGUGAAUGGUGUCUGAAAGAGUACACUGGCAAGGUCACUAGUUGGAGUUUCGAAUAUUACUGGAGCUGGUGGAAUCCUCCAGCCUGGAUAAACAACAGAAACAGUGUUUCAACUGGGAGAUUUAAGAUAACAUAUGAGCUGAGAAAACGAUCCGACAUCAACAGACCGAAUUCAUCACCACAGACAGCGAUCCUCCCUCUUAUGAGAGUUCCCUCAAACUGUCAGAGGAAUAUCAACUUGUUGACCUUUGACCCUGAUGGAGAUAAUGUUGAAUGCAGACAUGGAUCCAAUCCCAGUAUCUAUGAAUGCUACACCUGCACAGCACCGUCUGUCCUCAGUCUCUCAUCAUCUUGUUCUCUAUCAUUCAGUCCAACCAACAGCAGUGAUGAAGAUUCAUAUGCAGUUCAGCUGAUGAUGGAGGAUUUUCCCAGACAGACCAUCAAUAUGACUUAUUACAAUGGUUCAACAGGGUCGAUAAGCAACAGCAGUUCUAUGAGCAGAAUCCCUGUCCAGUUUGUUUUCAAAGUGGAUCCUGCAGCUCCGUCCUGCACAGCAGGUGAAUAUCUGCCCAGGUUUCUGCCUCCAACUCCUGAACAUGGAGCUCAGUUCUUCAUAAACGUUACUGAGACGAUAGAAAUCAACAUCAGAGCAGAGGCGACUCAGUCUGAGAUCACUGAGCUCCUGUUCAGCGGACCGUUCAACAUGACCAAGAAUUCAUCUGGUUCAGGAUAUUUCACCCUGAGAUGGACGCCGUCUGCCAUUGAUGAAGAAGAAAGCCAUCCCAUCUGUUUUGUUGUCCAGGCAAAUGCCUCCAGUUCUAUCUACCAGUCUGAGCUUCGAUGUGUCAUUGUGACGGUUGGAAACAUACCUUUCAUAGCAACUCCAAGUCCUCCUACAACAUCUGUGACUUCAACCACCGUUGCUCUCCCUUUGACAUCUACAAGUCCUCCUCCUAAAACAUCUCGUCUUACGGUUCUGAAGCUGAAGAUCUCGACUACGCUGUCACUGAAAGACAAUAAAGAUAAAAUAGAGAAAGCGAUUAAAGAUGAACUGAUCAGACGAGGGCUGCGUCCAGACAUAAAGGUCCGCCUGCUGAGCGACGGUUCAGUGAAGGUUAAAGAAACGGCCGCCCCCUAGUGGCUAACAAUGAGAAUGAAUCUAAUCCAUGCAGAGGAAUAUUACUGGGUUUUACUUCUUGUACAUUUAAAUUAAUCUUUAUCACUUUGAGUAAUUGAAUUAAACCAAAGCAAUAUACUUGUAUUAAUAUUGUUUUAAUGCUAAAUCAGAGAAGCUAAAGAGGUUAUAGAUGUGAUUUUGACAAUUAACUUGAAAUGAUGUAAAAUGUGUAACUGCACUGAUGUGUUGGAUGUUGUGUUGGAUGUUGUGUUGGAUGCUGUGUUGGAUGCUGUGUUGGAUGCUGUGUUGGAUGUUGUGUUGGAGGCCCUGUGGCUGUGGAACGGUUAACCCUUGCAGCUCCGUUUUGCUGACUCUGUGGAGGCUUUUAAACAACAACUAAAAACAUUUUUAUUUUCCCAGGCUGUUAUUUCUUGAUUUUAAUGUGGUUCCUAUGUUGGUUUUAUGCUUUAUAUGAUUUCUGUUGUACAGCGCUUUGUGAGUUUAUGUCUGUGAAAAGCGCUUUAUAAAUAAACUUGACUUACUUCACUAAUAGUCUGUUUCAUUUUACCUCCCUGAUGAGCCUUUCUACCAGUUUUCACUCUGGGAUGUUUGCUGCUGUUUUGCCUAUGGAAAACAUUUUAAAAUAUCAACUCUUCCCCUGCUGGCUGCGUCGUUUACUGCACCUCUUAUAUGAACUAAGUGCAAUAUUAUAUUUAGUAAUACUGUGAGUCCACUGUUUCAUUCAGGUUGUUUUCUUUUGUUUAUUUCUUUCAGGGAUUGAGGCUCCUGUGGUGGUGGUGUCUAAGUGUGUUUAUUUUGUCGGAGCACCUUUCUUUGGUUGCUGUGUUUCCAUCGUGUCCAUGGUGAUCCCUUUCCCUCACGACGUCCCCCAGUG